AUGAGGUUUGCUGUGGUACUUUACACGAUAUCCGUACUGCAAUUCUGUAGGUGUCAUAGGAAUGGAAACUCCUCCAGUACUGCCUCAGUAUUCGAUCUCUCCAAUGUUGAUGAAUCAAGAAUAAACAUUGACAGGAGCGAUGAAGAUGGGAUCUUAUAUACUCCAAAGCCUAGUGCUGUUUUGGUAAAAGUUGUAGAAGGUGGCAAAGAACUCUGGAAGACUGAAAAGGUCAAUGAAAAAUGUACUCUGGCAAAUGUAUACAAUGGACCAGAGUACAGACUCAUAAAACUACACAUUAGGUGUGGACUAAAGUCCCGAUUCGAGUACUUCAAAAAGAAGAAUGAAAGAUGGGUGAACGCAACGGAACAAGAAUUUGAGCGGUUACUUGAAGGAAUAAAAAAGAGAAUAACUGUAACCACCACACAUGAUUCGAAUUCAAAACAAGAACCCUCACCUAAAGGUAAAAAUAAUGAACUAGGUGAUCCAAAAGGAGAUAAAAAAGAACCUUCAGGGGACAGAUCGAUGGGUACUUCCACAGAAACCAUUGUAAAGGUACCAGAUUCUGCACCUCUUAUGGAAGCCGUAAAGACACGAUCCAGAUCCCCCAAACUCAUAGAGUCUAAACUAGAUCAGUCGGCAUCUGGAGAAAUGAUGGCGGUUAAACCAAAAGAGACUAAAAGGAAACUUAGGCAAAAAUACGAAACUGUAGAUCUAGCAAAGCCUGAUCGUUAUACAACAAACUUUUACAAGGCAACCAUACACGGAGUUGUCAACAAAUCCUAUUUCCCUAGGACUAAUAAAUUUAAUAAAAUUGUGGACUCCUCAAAACAAGUAUGGACCGCCAAAGAGAACCAGGAAUGCACAAUGGCGUGUAUUUACUCUAAAGAGGGUCACCCAGAAAUUCUCUCAAUCUCUGUGAAGGAUGUUAAUGAGAAACUAUCAAAACCAACGCAUUUUGAAAGUGUUAAUGGUGAAUGGAAGAGCAUCUCUGAAGAUGAUUUUAAUGAAAAACACAGGCAAAUGGAGGAACCUAAGACACUUGAGCAAACUACUGAACCUCCUAAAGAAUCCGUUGAGGAAACCACUGUAGAACUUAAAAAGGAAUCUGUGAUCAAAAUGGCUCCCAAGGAGAAAGAAACUUCACUUCCAGUAACUAUUGAUAUUGUGGAUAUGGAUUCUAAAAAAAUAAACCUUAGCGAAACCACUGAACACGGCAUUACUUACAAAUCAUUAUUUCCAAAGAGCAAUGACUACAUUAUCAAAGUUCAAGAUGAUGGAAUGCAAGUUUGGAAAGCUAAAGAUGGUGAAAGGUGCUCAAUGGUCUACUCCACUUCUAAUGGAAACAUGAUGAGAUUGAUCUUGAACGUGAGCAAUGGAAAUGAGGUAAAAUUUGAAUAUUUUGUAAAGGAGGAAUUUACAUGGAGGACUGUUAGCCAAAGGGAGUAUGAUGCAAAGUUCGAUGAGAUGAAAGGUAACUGUGAAAGAGUGUUAUCACAACACUACCUGAAUCCUGUAGCUACGUUUGAUAUUAGUGGUAUAAACAAAGCACUCGUCUCUGCGUCUAAGGAAAUUUCUGAUAACGUUACAUACAAACUAUUUGUUCCAAAAGACGGGAUGUCUUUCAAUAAGGUUGUGGAUGGAGAUGUGCCCAUAUGGACUGCAUAUACUGGCACCGUCUCUCCAAGGAUUGUCUCAAGUUCCAGGGGAUCAUCCAGACUUCUUACUCUCUACGUGAUACAUAAUGGCGAUACUAUACCAAAAUACUUUGAAAAAAGGUCUGGAAUGUGGACUGGUAUCAGUAACAAAUAUUUUAGGGAGAAGCUCGAAAGGAUGAAGUUUGACAACAUAACUGAGACGAUCCUUGACCUAGAUAAUGUUAAUAUGGACAAGGUAGAAGUAUCUGCUGGGUUGCAGGAUGGUCUCAUUUAUCAUACUUAUGAACCAAAAGAUGGUACAGUAGUCACUUCAAUUGUGCAAGGUAAUUUUACAAUUUGGGAGAUAUCUCCCGACGAAGCAUGGAAGACCUGCUAUAGUUACUCCAAAGUCGGAUCAAUGAUAGUCACUAUAAUUAUUUAUAGAGAAGGCAAAGCUGAAUCAAGGUGUUUUGAAAGAGUUAUCUCUGGGUGGAGAAACAUCUCAGAAGAUGAAUUCGCCAAUAAGCACUCCAUGAUGAGAAGUGGGCAAUCUUUGAAAACUGCAAACAGAUUCAUACAACUUUUAAAUCAGGGAGAAGAGCCUGCUAUUUCUGAAUCCAUAGGAUCAAGUUUUGUAUAUCAUUCGAUAGACGUUUCAACAAAGCCAGAUGAAAAUAAAAUAACUUUCUAUGAAAAUACCUGUGGUGGAGUUACUCACAAAACGUAUUCUGCUAAUAAUGCACUUGUAACUGAGGUUGUGGAUUCUGAAGUCUCUAUUUGGCAUGCCAAAGAGGGUGAAAAUGCCAUCCAUAUUCGAUCGUUGUCUUUUUUAAAUGGUACUGUAUUCUACUAUUUGGACGUUGAAUCAAAUGGCAUAGUCACUCCUAGAUGUUUCGAGAAGGCAGAUGGAGGAAUAAGCUCUCUAGAUUACAAAACGUACUCUGAUAAGGUUGACGCUAUUCUAAAUGGUGAAGGAAUUAGGUUAUAUGUAAAUACACUAACCCGUAACAUGUGCAAUUUCUUCAGAUAUGUUGAAAGAGGACUUCUUCAAAUCGUAAUUUUCCCAUACAAGUCAAGGAUAACGAGUAUAUACCACGGAACUCAUCUCUGGUACUCCAAGACAGGUGAAGGGUGUACAAGUGCCCACAUCUACAUGGGAGAAGAUAGCUAUCUUGCCAAAAUCACUGCACAGGGAGGAGGGUAUGCAGAAGAAUUUGUCUGGUAUUUCGAGCACAAAGAUGACAAAUGGGAACAAAUCACUUGCUCAUCUUUCCAAGAUUCCCUGGGAUUGGCCACCGAGAAUGCUAUCCAGAGCAAACCGUUUGGGGACCUUGUGGAUGCUAGCAUGGAUUUAGAAAGUGUGGAUACAAGUACCAUGACCACAUACAAGUACGAAACAUCAGAUUUUGAUAAGCUACUAAAUGUCCCACUUCAAGAUAAAAGAAUCAAUAAAGUUACAGGUGGCGAUCAAAUCCUUUGGGAGGCUGGGAAUGAUAGUGAUAGGUGUCUUUUAUCUGAAAUCUUUUCACAAGGAGAUUAUGAACUUUUAUUCAUUAAUGUGAAAAAAGAGUCCCAUCUUGGAUUCAUGUAUUAUGAAAAGAUUGACGGAUGGUGGAGAGAGAUAUCUAAACAACGGUACAUUUUCCAAUAUGAAGCAAUGAAUAAUGGAAAAUUUAAGAACUCUGUGGGUUCAACUUUGCGUAAUGACACGUCUAAAUCUUCUGAUCUAGUUUCUCUUGAUAUUUCAAAGUGCAAUUACAAGCUUUACGAAUCCUUCGAUUAUGAAAUGUCUGAAAAUACAGUAAAGCUGAUACUUCCGAGGAGUGGUAUUUCGGUGGAAAAACUUGUAUAUAAUGGAGAUGAAAUAUAUGUAACAACACCUAGAGAAACGUUGGAGUAUGCAAAAGUCUAUCUUGAUGGACGCAAGGAACCCUGCAUUAUUGUCAUCACUAGCAGUAUCUCUGAAGGUAUACUUGAAAAAUACUACCUUAACAAUAACGGUACAUGGGAACUUUUUGAAAAUUAUGGAGACCAGAUAAACGCCUUUAGGGUCCCCGUAAGAUGGGUUUCUAGCUUUAUUCUUGAUAUUUCUACUAGUAAGGAUGCCGAAAAUUUCACCUUUUUUGAGACAGGCAUGCUUGGAACUGUCACUAGACAUUUUUAUCCAAGACCUGGUUAUCUUGUUAUUGAGGUAAAAGAUGAAGAUCAACUCCUAUGGAAAUGUUCAAAAGCUAAGAGUUUAAAAGGGGUAGAUUGGCCAUUUGAUAGACACCAGGAUUGUUGUAUUGCCUGUAUAAUGUAUAGGAAUAUUGAUAUGGAGCUACUUGAACUCUCCGUUUUGGAAAGUGGAACGAAGAAGUGUAAAUACUUUGAGAGGUCUGGUGGAGCAUGGAAGAGUCUUAAAGACAGAGAAGUUGCUAAAAAAUGUAUCAAAGCAGAACUUCUAAAAGGACGUAUGGAAGGUUUCCAAAGUAUAGGAGUAGGUCUUUCAAAUGGCGCAUCUUAAUCAAAAGGCUGCGCAUUUUUAAAUCCCAUGGAUUUUUCGAAAAUUGGAACCCCGCUAUAAGAUAAUAUACGUUUAUACAAAUACAACACCUGCAAGGAUAUAAAUUGUUAAUCCAAGGGGGUAUAAAAGGGUUUAUGGAGGACUUUACCAACAGUUAAAAGGGCGGAAAAAUAUAAACUCACAAAAUAUACGUUAAUGCAGUAACUCGUUAUUAUGCCGCAAAUUUUUGCUAUGCUAUAAAACAUCUUUCGGAAGGUUCUCAAGAUGUAACGUUAAUUAAAGACACCUUCACGUGUUACCUUUGUGAAGUUUACUCUAGAGAUAAUUUGAAACUAGUAAAAAUACGUGCAGAAAAUGGCUCUACUAUGUGAUGUUUCUGUCGUGAAAAGUCGAAUGUCCGGUGGAACUCCAUUAAGGAAGCAAAUUUUAAUACCAAACUGGAUAACAUGAAAAGUGUUUGAUGGAGGAUUUCUCCUUCAUAGUUGUACCGGUAACACUGGGAAUGACUGCCAAAAAUUUUUAAUGCAGUGAAUGUUCAUUUUAAAAUGCAGAAUUCAAUUUGUCAAGAGUACGCAGAUGCUCUAAUAUUUUAAUAGUCUAGUAUACA